AUGCCAGAAGGACCCAGCCUGAGGCACUUCCACGGGCGGGUCUCUCCCUUCGUGGGUUACCUGGUGGUCCGGGCCGGAGGCAGCAGCCGCAAGCUCCCCCCGGCUCUCUUGCAGGCUCGGAUGCUGCAGGCCGCCCAGGUGAGGCUGGUCCUGCACUUUGCACAAGGGGGCUUCUUGGCCUUUUAUAAUUGUUGUAUGGUGUGGGCAGCCCGUCCCCAGGCCAGGCCCUCCACGGACAUCCUGUCCAGAGGCUUUCAUCGUGGCCGAGCCCUGGAGGCCUUGAGGCAAGACCAGCCCGUCAGCUUCACUCUCCUGGACCAGAGACACUUCGCUGGGCUGGGAAACAUCAUUAAGAACGAGGUUCUGUACCUCGCCGGGAUCCAUCCGCUCUCUCCAGGUUCGGCCUUGUCCCCAACGAGUCUGGAGGCCCUGCUGGACUUGGUCCUGCAGUUCAGUGGGGACUGGCUGCAGGCCAAGCAGCAGGGGAAACGGCAGUCCUAUCGCAUUUACCAGAGAAGGUGCUGUCCGGCGGGGCACCCGGUCACCAAGCAGAGCCUCGGCCCGCCGGGCGGACUGCAGAGACUCACCUGGUGGUGCCCCCAGUGCCAGCCGGGCAUCCCCUGAGGCCGCCUGUCUCCUGUGAUGAUGUGGGCUGCCGGACUGGCUGGAGCGGGGAGGGUUCAAGGUUCAUUUCUGGUUUUGUUGGGUGGGAUAGUCCUGAGGGGUGUGCGUGGCGGGGCGG